GUCCAAAAAUCCAUCUCAAAAUUAGAUUUCUAAGAGGGGUCUCAUUUCUACAUGGACUCAGAUAAACCACGUUCUUUUAAUAUUAUUAGGGAAACAUUAGUUACUGUCCAAAAGUUCUCCUUACAUCCUUACCCAAAUAAAUGUAUCCACUGUGUCACACCCAAUAAGCAUCAUGCACAUCAAGUAUUUACCAUUAUGCCCACUACCUUAUAACCCUUGAUUUCUAGCACCCAAACAAAUCAAAACCCAUGUCUCACCAUUCACCCACAUACUUAGCCCUGCUAAAGGCCAACACCAACCUCAAACAACUCAAGCAAGUGCAUGGCCACAUCAUAACCACCACCUCCUCUCUCUACCCACAAAGCACCCCUCUCCUCACAAAGCUUCUCUCUCUCUACACCUUCUCAGGCUCCAUCUACCACUCUCUACACAUCUUCAACUCCAUCCAAAACCCUGACAAAUUCCUCUACAACUCAUUCAUUAGAGCCUCAGCCCACUGCAACUUUCCCCACCAUGCCCUCCUCCUCUUGUCCCUCAUGCUCAACUCUGGUUUCUCUCUCUGCACUUUCUCUCUCACCUCAGCCAUCAAAGCUUGCUCUGAUCUCUCUGCCGCCUCCCAAACUGGUCGUGAAAUCCAUGCGCGAGCUGUGCUUGCAGGCUUUGGCCCUGACUUGUAUGUUCAAACGGCCUUAGUGACUAUGUAUGCCAAGUCUAAUGAUUUGGAAACCUCUCGGAAAGUGUUUGAUCACAUGACUCUAAAGAGUGUGACGACUUGGAAUGCGAUGAUUUCAGGUUAUGAGCAAAAUGGGUGGAGCGUCGAAGCACUCUCCAUGCUCCGUCUCAUGCGGAGUGCUUGUGUGGCACCCGAUUCUGCUACCUUGGUGUCUGCUCUCUCUGCUUGUGCACAAAUUGGGGCUCUUGAUAUGGGAGAGAGCCUUGAGUCCGAAACCCAUGCAACCAUACACAACCCUGGAGUGGAGCUACACACCGCCAUCCUGACCAUGUAUGGCAGGUGUGGAAAAGUGGAUAAAGCACGAGAGGUUUUUGAAAUGAUACACAACCCAAAUGUGGUCUCGUACACAGCCUUGAUCUCAGCUUAUGGAAUGCAUGGACAGGGUGAGGAGGCGGUGCAUGCAUUUGAGAGAAUGAAAGCACAUGGUGUGCACCCAAAUGCUGUAACACUCACUGCUGUGCUCUCGGCUUGUGCACACUCAGGGCUUGUGUAUGAAGGCCUUGAAGCAUAUGACUCCAUGACAAAAUGCUAUGGCAUGAAACCAUCAGUCGAGCACCGUGUAGCCAUGGUGGACCUUCUAGGGCGCAAUGGGUUUCUAAAGGAAGCUGCCAGGUUCAUCGAGUCUAUCCCUGGAGAGCCCCAACCACCGGUCUUAACCGCCAUGAUUGGUGCAUGUAUGGUGCACAAGAGGUUUGAUAUGGGAGUAGAGUUUGCAAAGAGGCUUCUUUCUCUAGAACCUGAUAACCCUGCGCACUAUGUUCUUCUCUCUAACCUCUAUGCGGCUUCAGGGAGAGCUGAUAGGGUUGAGAUGGUUAGGUCCAUGAUGACUGAGAGAGGAUUGAAGAAGCAGCCUGGGUUCAGCUCAAUUGAGGUUAAAGGAGAGGUUCAUGUGUUCUGGAAUGGCGAUAAGUCGCACCCAUCUAGUGAGAGAAUUUAUGAAGAAUUAGAGGAGCUUGUAAGGAGAAUAAGGAAAGUGGGUUAUGAACCAGAGACCGGUGCAGUACUCCAUGAGAUGGAGGACGAAGAGAAGGAAUAUGCACUUCGAUUUCAUAGUGAGAAACUGGCUAUCGUGUAUGGACUAAUGAGCAGUAGAGAGGGGGAGGAGAUCAGGGUGGUAAAGAACUUGAGGAUGUGUGAGGAUUGCCAUUCAGCUAUCAAGUUGAUCUCAAAAGUUGUGGGGAGAGAGAUUUUGGUGAGAGAUAAGCUUAGGUUCCACCAUUUUAGAGAUGGGGCAUGUUCUUGUAGGGAUUGUUGGUGACAGAUUACAGAAGCGAUAAUGAAAGAGAUGUUGGCAUCUAGAUGCAUCUUUAAUUGUUCAAAAGAUAUACAAGCAGCAUAUAAUCUCUCUCUC